AUGGGCGGCAAGUUGCGUAUAGUAGUGGUGGGAGGAGCUCCUUUGUCGGAAACGACGCAUUCUAGGAUGCGAGCCUUGUUUGGGUGCACGAUACAGGUGGGCUACGGCGCCACCGAGACGUGCGCGUGCAUCUCUGGAACCCUACCCUGCGACCUCCGAACCGGCCUUUGUGGUGGGCCUUGCCACGGUGUCCUUGUGAAUCUUGCUGACUGGGGCGAAUAUCGCAUUACAGACAAGCCAUACCCCCGGGGAGAAGUUCUCGUGGGUGGACCUAACGUCGUGAAUGGAUACUUCCUGAGGCCUGAGAAGACGAAGGAGGCGUUUUUCGAGAUGGAUGGCGUGCGUUGGUUCAAGACUGGCGACAUCGCCGAGAUCGACGACACAGGUGCUAUUCGCAUUAUCGACCGCAUUGGCGACAUCAUAAAACUCGACAAUGGUGAGUACAUUGCUUUAGGCAAAAUCGAAAUGUAUCUGAAGGAACACCCCGUUAUAGAGAACUUAUUUGUGAAUGCGAAAGCCGGCGCUCGAGGCUGUGUUUGCAUUGCAGUUUCCCAAUGA